AUGAACAGAGGCGGUUCAGAAUAUGGACGGAUUGGCUUAAGGAAUCUUAAGGCCGUCGCCUUGCUGGACAGGAUGGGUGAACAUCGCUGGCCUCCCAAGGCCAGUCCAUCAGUAGGAAAUUGCUGGAUCAACGAGAAUGUUGUGCUGGAGAAUGGGGAGCCAGAGAAUGUUUCUAAGCAACCAACUGAACUGGUUAUGCUGGGCGAUGAUGGAUCAGUCUCGUAUACUCUCCCUCUGGAAGAGCCACUGCAACUGUAA